AUGCGUAAGAUAGGAUUUACUUUACCAGUACCUAGUGCUAAUCCCGAAAGAGCCUUUUCCAAGCUUAAAUUAGUUAAGAAUCGACUUCGUUCUACCAUGGGAAAAGAAAGACUACAAGGGUUAAUGGAAAUAUCGUUGAUAACUUUGCAUCUAUAA